AUGGGUACUGUAAUAGAUGAUGUUAACUCUCCUUCACCUUCCAACGGUUUUGCUUCAUUUUCCUUGGAUCCCUCACAUCCCUUCUAUAUUCAUCCCUCGAAUAAUCCUGGAAGUCAACUGGUAUCUGUACCAUUCAGUGGUUGUGGGUUUAUGUUAUGGCGUAACAGUAUGCUCAAUUCCCUCUCCGCAAAGAACAAGCUUAGUCUAUUAGAUGGCAGAGUCAACCAACCCACUCCUGACUCUCCUUAUUAUCCAUGUUGGGAAAGGUGCAAUGAUAUGGUUAAAGCCUCGAUAACUAAUUCAGUAUCUAGAGAAAUAGUUGUUAGUGUGAUGUAUUUUAAAACUGCUAAGGAAGUCUAG